AUGUUGACAGGAAAGCUCGUUCCUAUGAUCGGCCUCUGCCUCCUAUGGCACGCUGCUGCACAGGACUCGUACAACUUCAUAGUUAUUGGCGGUGGCGCGGCCGGCUUGACGCUCGCGACGCGGCUUUCAGAGGAACCAGGCUUCUCGGUGCUUGUCCUUGAGGCUGGGAGCGACCAUACCAACGACACCAAAGCGCAGUGCCCUGGCAUAUUUGCUUCUAUGUACGGUGACCAUGAAUACGACUGGGACUACCGAAAUGUUCCGCAGCCAUACCUCAACAACCGGACUCAUGCAAACAUUGCCGGCAAAGGUCUCGGCGGCGGCAGUGCUGUUAACUUCAUGUGGUGGACGCACGCAUCUCGCGAGGAUAUCAACAAUUGGGGCGUCCUUGGGAACGCGAACUGGAGCUGGGACGAGGUGCAGCCUUACUUGAAGAAGUCCGAGGCGUACGUGCCUCCUCCUUCAGCUGAGGCCGUGGAGGACAUGCAGACGCAGUAUGUAGAUCCAGGUCUACAUGGCACGGACGGGCCUAUUAUCAACUCUUUUCCCACGUCGUACGGUCCAUUUACGGAAGCUUGGGCCAAGAUGUUCGAAGCCUUGGGGCAGUUCCCUGCUGGGGACCCGAGGGGAGGCGAGGCGCUGGGAGGGUACACGAAUCUAUUCAACAUCAACCCAGAGACAAAAGAGAGAAGCUACCCUGCGACCGAGUACCACCUCCGUGCUUCCCAGAGACCUAAUCUCACAGUCCUCACUGGAGCUUUUGUCACGAAGAUUCUAUUCAACGGCGGCGAGGAGGAAGGAACGGUGGCGAUUCCCAGAGCUUUUGGCGUGGAAUAUCUCAAGGACAACUCGACUUACACAGUGCAGGCGAGUGAGGAGGUAAUUCUCUCGGCGGGAUCGAUGCAGUCAUCGAAGCUGCUGGAACUCUCAGGGAUCGGCGACUGUGAUCUCCUAAGCACCUUCGGCAUCGACUGUCUCGUCAACAACACGAACGUGGGCGAGAAUUUCCAGAACCACCUUAUGCUUCCCCUCGGGUGGGCCGUUGUUCCCGGAGUCACGACCACAGAUGACUUCUCCUCUACAGAGGCAUUCAACGCAGCAUUGGAAGAAUACACCUCAUCCAGGAGCGGGCCGUUCUCUACCGUGAACGGCAGCUCAGCGCUCCUCUCCCUCGAGCAGAUCGGUGGGUCAUACAACGCGACAGAUGCGGCCCCGACAGCUCCGUACGAAGCCCAGCACAAGCUCCUCCUCGAAGGCCUCAACUCCUCCCAGAACUCGGCGGUCCAGGAGAUCUGGAUAUCGGGGGGCAUCUCGCCAUGGUACUACAACGACAGCUCCAAGGUCUUUGCCGGCCCAGGCGACGGCGGGAACUACUUCAGCAUCAUCGGCCUCGUCUCACACCCCUUCUCCCGAGGCUCGGUGCAUAUCCAGUCCAGCGACCCGGCUUUGCAGGCCCGCCUCGACCCGCGCUACCUCUCACACCCGAUGGACAGGCAGCUAGAGAGGCAGCUGGCCUUCCACAUGCGGGACGUGGUGCAGAACCCACCGCUGAGUGGGCUCCUGGAGGGCAACGGGACGGUGUUCCAGUCGGGGUAUUUGGAUGGUGGUUUCCUGGGUGAGGAUAACGUGGAUGCGUUUGUGGCGGACAAGAUAUUGAUUGCUUACCACCAUUCUGGGAAUAACGCUAUGCUCCCACGUGACAGCGGCGGCGUGGUUGACCAUAGGUUGAGGGUGUAUGGGGUUGAAGGGCUGAGGAUUGUGGACGCCAGCGUCUUUCCGAUGGUGCCACAGGGGACUAUCACGAGUAUAGUGAUUGCCGUGGCGGAGAGGGCAGCUGACUUCGUGAAGGAAGAGUACUCGCGUGGGUAG